UACCUGUCUACGUCAAUAACAUUUCUAACCUAAAAUAAGCAUUCUUGUUAUUAUCUUAAUAAAACCAGUUAAAUGAGCCGGUGAUAAGCAAUUUACCACAUUUGAUACCUCGCCAUUACUUAAAUCUCAAAAUGAUAUUGAGAAAAUCUAGAAAUAGAAUCAAUCUACAUUUAUAUUGCUUGUUAAGUUUGUUAUUACUAUUAGCAGCUGAAGUCAAAUGUGGUGGACAACUAAUAUAUGCGAUAAAUUGUGGAGGAGAAGCGCACUUGGACGCUUACGGAAUAAGGUAUGAAAGAGAUCCACUACAUGGAAGAAUUGGCAUUGCCUCUGACUAUGGCAAAAGAUUACUUAUCGGCAGAGUGCCUCCAAACGAUUAUAUAUUAUAUCAGACAGAAAGAUAUCAUACGAAUACCUUUGGCUAUGAUGUUCCUGUCAAUUCCGAUGGCGAUUAUGUUCUUGUUUUGAAAUUUUGUGAAGUUUAUUUUAAUGCGCCAGAUCAGAAAGUGUUCGAUGUAGUUCUUAAUGGGGACCAUACGAUAGUUUCCGAUUUGGAUAUAUUUGAAAAGGUUGGAAGAGGGGUUGCGCACGAUGAGUAUGUUCCAUUUAGGAUAUCCAAAGGUCGUUUAUUUGUUAAUGGGGAAGAAUCGGACAUAAAAGGUGGUCGAAUUCGUGUGGAGUUCAUCAAGGGUUACAAAGACAACCCCAAAAUCAAUGCAAUGUAUGUUAUAAAGGGUAAUAUGGAGGACGUACCAAAACUGCCACCUAUCCCUAUGGAGCCCAGUCCUGUAGAGCAGGCUAAAGAGGAACCAGAGGUCAUUCCCAAAUCGAGAAGACCGAGUGGCCCUAAACAACCUGAUCCAUAUUCCAUGGACGAUUCCUCACUCAUGUUACCUAUUUUUAUAGCUAUUGGAGCGUUCAUUCCUUUACUGUUUUGUUUAUGCAAAUUGUGAUGAAAUUUUAGGUAAUAAGUUGAGGUGUACCUAUGAUAGUUUUUAUAAUUUUUCAAGCUAAAUUCAGUGGGUUAAUGGCAUAUUUCAAUGCACAAAGUUGGAAAUGGUUAGUGAAAUCUGUAGUUAAUUUACAGUAUUAUCGUUUUUGAGAGAGACGUACUUAUUGUUUUAUUAAUUUAAUUGUAUUUACCUAAGUGGCGUUCGAUAGGUUGCAUAGUGAUUUUUUACUAAGAGUUUUAAUUUGUUGUUGAGGAAACUUAGAUAAAUUAUUAAGAAAAGACUUUUUAAGAAUAAAUAAAUGAUUUAUUUAUUA